AUGGGCGCCGCCGGUCUCUCUCUGGGGACCGAGAGAGAGUUCUCUUCUAGCGGCGGAGACAAAAACGAAGAAGAAGAUGGCGAGCAAUCUGGGCCGUCUAUUCACAUCAGCAAUCGAGCUUUCCAAGCCUCCAAAGUUAUCUCUAUCCUUCGGCAGAUCCGAACCCUCGACUCAGCGAUUCGACUUAUUUGGUCUUUCGACGCAGCGAAAACAAUCUCAUCAAGAAAACCCAAGGAACCAGAAGGUGAGGUCUCGGAAAACUCAGAGAAGCUCGAAAGUGAAGAUGACGAUACUCACAAUGGCGAUGCUGAAGAUGAGGAUAUGAGGACAGUGAUGGCGUUCAAGUGA